CAGAUAAGAUGGCAUUGUUCGUACACUAACGUCAUUUUUGGAGUAGUUCACCCCGUUGAAAAUGAACUGUACAUGUUGACAAUAUUACCUUUUUUAAACAUUCAGUACAAUAAAUAAAAAUGCAUCCUUAGUUGGAUUUGGAAUAAAAUUAUAUCAUGCCAAACGUACCCUGCAUCUCGUUUGUUUUCUUAUUCGCAACCGUUCUCGUUAUCUCAAAUGGGAAUCAGACAGAAGAAAACAACGUGAAAUUAUCAAAUCGUAGUCGUCUUUUUUCAUAUGAAGAAAUAAAGAAUGAAGUAUCCGGUGAAUGCUGUGGUCCUCAUUCCAAUUGUACUGUAGGAGUUAAUGGAACUGAAUGCAAUUGCUAUUUUGGAUUUUACGAAGUAAAUAGAACAUGCCAACGUAAGUACAAAUAUGCACUAAACUUUCAUAUAAAUGAUGCCUUCUCAUCAUUGGAUUUACCAUUUGAGCUAAUAAUUUCAAGUUUAAGAACAUGCUUUCGUAUCCAUUUUCGUAUUCUAAGGAUAUGUGACAUUUUUAACACUAAGUGUGCAUUAAUUUGAAAUGCUUGAAU